AGAUUAUGAAGCAGCAGGGUUCAGCAUCAUCUCUGACAGACUCAUCUGGAUGGAUACAUGGCAUCAACGUGGCGCCCAAUGUCUCUUGCAUUAUUUUAUUUUGUCUUCCUGCAGAUAUCCUCGUCUUAUGAGCAGCUGUCUGCCUUUGUGGAAGGAAGCUCAGAUGAUGCACCAUCCCAAGACAUCAGAGUCCAACAAAAUGGGGUGGACGCUGAUGGCUCGGUGUUUGCGGCUGAAGCUCUGCAGCCGUACGGAUGGCAGCUUCACGCUCCUCCACGCAGGAAGUUGCUUCAGUCUCCAGGAAUGUUGCUUUAUUCUCCUCUGAGUGUUUCAUACAACGGCAAGACCUGCAUCCUCUUCAGGGCCCGCAAACUGGCCAUCAGGUACAGGAAUCACAGUUUGGUGGACCUCACAGAGAGAACCUUCAGCCCAGAUGCACCGGUGGACACCAAAGGCUCCUUCUGCAGCAAAGACAAAGCCAUACUCAAUCUACGUUUUGGCGACGUGGAAGAUCUAAGAGGCCUCUCUAUCAGGCUACAGAUGUCAAACACAUUCUAUGAGUCUGCGGGACAGAACUGGUUCACUCUGGAUAAUGUUUUCAUCCAUUACAACUGGACACACGAGGCCGCGUUCAACGCUACAGAUGUGUACGCGCCCUCCACCAACUCCUAUCACUGCCAGCACGUCAGUAGCCUGCAGAAGUACGACACGCUGCUGGUACCCAGCGCCAACACGGACCACGCCGCAAGCUGGCACAUAACCUUCACCGACUUCCAGAUCCAGGCGUUUAACGUUCAGUCCAGUAAGUUUGCGGCGGCCAGUGACUGCGCGACCUUCUUCACUCCUGCCAUCCUGAUGGGUCUGAUCACGUCUCUGAUCCUGCUGCUGGUGCUGGCCUACGCGCUGCACAUGGUGGUUCACCUGAAGCACAUCGACCGCUACGAAGAGCACAAGACCACCGUCUACUUCCCUCGCAGCACAGAAGCAGAGAGCACAGAGAAGAACAACCUCUAGAGAGAGACGGACACUUCUGUGACUGUGAGCUCUGGAGACCGGACGGGAAGAAAACUCCCAUCUGAGCAGAGGAUCAGAACCGUUUGGGACUGACUGCACCACGGCAGUGACAUCAUUGUGGUGGGACAGUGGAAGUCCGAAUCAGGCUCCUUUAGGAGCUCGGCACACCGGAGGAUUGGGAGAUAUCAGCCAGUUCUCACCAAAAAUCAAGGAAUUAAACAUUCAGUGUCAGGUUUUCACGAGCGGAAGGAUAUGUUUCAGAUGUUUCAAUGUGAUUUGAAAUAGCACAAUAAUCAUUAUAUCUUGCAUUGUCUGUCUUAGCUUCUGUUUGACUGCUAAGACCAGAUUUAACUUCAGUACUGAUGUUUCUUUGAAGUCAACAUGAAAUGGUGUUUCGCAAGCAAUUUACAGUUGUAAUUUUACAUAUUUGUGAAUAAAACAUCUUGAUUUUCAUCUGGAACUGAUUGGAUGGUAUUAUGGGAUCUCUUUACUGCUACAGAAUUAAAAAUAUUAAAAAGGUAAUUGCGUCUUUUUAUCUCAAAAUUCAGAUUUUAUAUCUCGUUAUUCCGAGAGCAAAAGUCCAAAUUUCGAGAUAUAAAUAUAAAAGGUUGCAUCUAGCAAAAUUUUGAAGUUUUUUUCUCUAAUAAUUUUUCUCUAAUGAUUUUCUUCGGAAUUCUGAGUUCAUAUCUUGCAAUUAUGUUUAUCCAUCAAUUGUAUAUAUUGCAUAAUUAUGUUUAUAUCUCGCAAAUAUGAGUUUUUAUCUCACAGUUCUGAGGAUCUUACCAUUCUGAGUAUUUAUCUCACAAUUUUGAGUUUUUAUCUUGCAAUUGUUUAUAUCUCAGUUAUGUUUAUAUUUUGAAAUUCUGGGUUUAUAUCACAGUUAUGUUUAUAUCUCAACAUUCUGAGUUCAUAUCUCACAAAUAUGAGUUUAUAUUUCACAAUUAUAUCUCGCAAAUAUGAUUUUAUAUCUCACAAUUCAUAGUAUAUAUUACAAUUCAAAUUUUUUAUAUCUAGCAAUUAUGAGUUUAUAUUGCAAUUAUGCUCAUCUCGCAUUUUUUGGUUCAUAUCUCAAAAUUUGUUUAUAUCGGCAAUUCUGAGUUUAUAUGACAAUCAUGUUUAUAUCUCGCAAUUAUACGUUUAUAUUUCACAAUUCUGAGUAUCUUACAGUUCUGAGUAUUUAUCUCACAAUUUUUUUUUUAUCUUGCAAUUAUGUUUAUAUCUCACAAUUCUCAGUUUAUAUCUCACAAUUAAAUUUUUAUGAAGUUUAUAUUGCAAUUAUGCUUAUAUCUCGCAUUUUUGAGUUUAUAUCUCAAAAUUAGUUUAUAUUGGGCAAUUCUGAGUUUAUAUGACAAUCACGUUUAUAUUUCACAAUUAUGAGUUUAUAUUUCAAUUACAAUUCUGAGUAUCUUACAAUUCUGAGUAUUUAUCUCGCAAUCCUGAGUUUUUAUCUUGCAAUUAUGUUUAUAUCUAACAAUUAUGUGUUUAUAUUUCGUAAUUCAGAUUUUAUAUUGCAAUUAUGUUUAUAUCUCACACUUCUUUGUUUUUAUCUUGCAUUUAUAUUUUGUGAGAAAAAAAGUCUGAUUUAAGAGAUAUAAACUCCGAAAUGUGAGAUAAAAGUCACAAUACCUUUUUAAUUUUUCAUUCUGUGGUGGAAACGAACUUCUAUAGGAUGGUAAACAACAAGCACAAUGAAUUACAAUACAUCCAGGAAUGUGUUUUAAGAAAGUAUUUAGAUUUCAUGUUGACUUUGACAUUUUAAACUGUGAAUAAACCAUUAUGAUAAUGUAAUAUAGUUUUCAUUUGCAGAUCAAGAAAUAAAUUUAAAAAGGAAUGCAUUUCCCCAUUGAUUAUGAAAUUGGUGCCUAAAACCUAAAAUUCAAAUUAAUAAAGCAUACUGUGUAAUGGUUUCAAUACAGUGCGUAACCAGAAAAUAGAUGUUUCAUUUUUAGCAAUUUUCCCCUGAGGAGUUGCACAAAAAAAAAAAGGUAUUUUUGUGUAAGAUUGUAUGUUAAAUCUGAUUUUUGUAAUAUCUUAUUUAAUUUUUUAUUCGUCUUUUGUGUAUGUUUUUGGCUAUGGUGAAGAGUGGCUUCUUUGUCGACUGAAGCAAAACAACAAUGGAAGCAACAUGAUGUUUGUUAUAGUGAACAUGCAGCAUGCCAGUGGCUAGAGACAUUUCUGAACCAGAGUAAUAAGAUGGUUUGCUUUGUACCAUGUACUGUAUAUCGGUAAUAAUCAUAAUGUGCUAAAUAAGGGAUUUUUUUUCAUGUACACAUGUAUUUGAGAACAUAUUAGCUUAACUUUGUUCAGUGGACAUUUAUGCAGAUCAAAUGGAGAGAUGGGGUAUGAUCAUAGACUGUGGGUAUGAUGUAUUAAUGUUUGAUGAUCAUUAUAGUCCUCUCAGUUGAGUUCAAUAAAACCAGCAGCACAGUUGUUGCAAAAUUA